GUUUAGCCUGCUGCCAUCACAAUGCAUCUGAGCAUCCGUCUACUGAAAGCAGAAGAAUCAGUCACCCAUGCAGUUAAUUGCCUGCUUACCUCGCUGAUAUACGCUGUAAACAUACUUGACAGUAGUCAAGAACAGUAGGUUGCGGGCAGACGACGAUGGCGGCCGCCGGCGGGAGUCGAGAGGAGAGGUGGAGCCUCGCCGGCGCGACGGCGCUGGUCACCGGCGGCAGCAAGGGAAUCGGGCACGCGAUCGUCGAGGAGCUGGCCGGGUUCGGCGCGCGCGUGCACACGUGCGCCCGGAACGCGGCGGAGCUGGAGGAGUGCCGCCGGCGGUGGGCGGAGAAGGGGCUGCACGUCACCGUCUCCGUCUGCGACGUCUCCGUGCGCGCCGACAGGGAGAAGCUCAUGGACGCCGUCACGGCGACCUUCGACGGCAAGCUCGACAUCCUGGUGAACAACGCCGGGCAGCUGUUCCUCAAGCCGGCGGCGGAGUGCACGGCCGAGGACUACGAGCACGUCAUGGCGACCAACCUGGAGUCGAGCUUCCAUCUCAGCCAGCUCGCUCACCCGCUCCUCCUCAGAGCCUCCGUCGCCGGAGGAGGAAGCGUCGUCCACAUCUCCUCCAUCGCAAGCUACCGGGGCUAUCCAGAUCUAGUGCUCUACUGCAUCUCCAAAGGGGGAAUGAACCAGCUUACAAGGAGCCUGGCUGCCGAGUGGGCACAAGACAAGAUUCGUGUGAACUGUAUUGCCCCAGGCCUUGUGACAACUGACAUACUCAAACAGGUGGAGCGGGAGGCUCUAGAGCAAGAGAUUUCAAGGGCUCCGAUGCAACGGAGCGGCGAGCCUGAGGAGGUCGCAUCCGUGGUGUCAUUCCUCUGUAUGCCGGCGGCUUCCUACGUCACCGGCCAAGUCAUUCGCGUCGACGGUGGCCGCACCAUAAGUGCGUGAGCCGCUAAAUACCAACUUAAACAUAAAACUUCCAAAGUGCGUCGAUGUAAUAAUAAUAAUGUCCUCCAUUGGAGGUCAUGAUAUCCAGUGUAUCAGGUGGUCAAGCUGUUAGAUAACUAGGUAAUUUUCGGUAUAUUUUAAUUUUAAAUAUUACUAGCAAUUUCAUA